AUGAAUGAGAUUGGGAAACAUGGUAUGGUUGAAGGUGUUCCCAUGAAACGGUUUGAAAUGGAAGACAAAUGUGUACCUUAUCUGAAAGGGAAACAGCAAAAGUCUGCCCAUAAACCGAAGCAAGAAAAUUCUAUAGCCAGCCCAUUUGAGCUACUUCACAUGGAUUUAUUUUGUCCAGUGAAUGCAAGAAGUAUCGGGAUGGCGCAUGAGAUAGCGAUCAAGCAUAAACGUUUAAUUCAUGAAAAGGAUGAAGGCGAGAUGACCCCCCUUCAACUUCUUUCAUGCCGUCAACUGAAUCUUUUUCCCAAACGAUACAUCACUCGCAAGAUAUAUAAUUUAAUUGACCCAAAUGUGGAAGACACUAGCCGGAUGUUGUCAUUUCUAAAAAAAAUGCGCAAAAACAAGUUUCGAUAUGAAUGGGGAAUGAAACUAAUAAAGUUGCUGGUAAAAGAAGACACAUCAUGGGAAAAUACUGAAGAAAGGGUUGGAAAGCACAGAGUCAAGUUCCAUGAACAUGGAAAGAAAACAUCCACAAUUCAAGCAGAAAAAACAACAUCGAUUGAAGUCGGAAUUCGAUUGCCUCAUACGCCGUUACUGUUAGCAACUAAACAUGGGUGUACGGAGAUUGUUGAGGAGAUACUCCAACAGUAUCCUCAGGCAAUAGAACAUAUUGACCAAGACAGUCGCAAUAUUUUACAUGUAGCAAUCAUGAACCGUAACCAUGAAGUUUUUGAAUUGUUGAUGAAUAAGAAGUAUACGACAGAGAGAUUGAGGGGGAAGAUCGAUAACGAUGCAAAUACAUUGUUGCAUAUGGUUGCUAAAGAGAUACUAGAUGUUGAUGCAGAGUUAAGAGGACCUGCAUUCGUUCUUCAAGAUAAUAUCCGUAUGUUUAAGAAAGUGGAAGGCAUAUGUACAACCUUGGAUAGAAUGAAACGUAACUCCAAAUCAAAGACUGCCGAGGAAGUCUUUAAUGAGCAUUACAAUCAACUCCGCGCAGACGCCAAAGAGUGGAUGCUUGAGAACUCGAAAAACUACACAGUUGUGGCAGUGUUGAUUGCGACUGUUGCCUUUGCUGCUGCGUACACAGUACCAGGAGGUCUAGAUCCUAACACGGGUCAACCAGUUCUCAAGAAAACAACGUUUUUUUUCUAUUUUACGGUGGCGGAUGUAGUGUCGCUCUCUGCAACUCUGACAUCGGUCAUCAUGUUUCUCAAUAUAAUUAUAUUAUCGUAUAGGUUUAAGGAUUUUGAGAAAUCUCUUAUUUGUAAGAUGAAUUCAGGACAUACGAUGUUGAUGAUCUCUGUCGCAAUGUUGAUGGUGGAAUUUGCAGUGACACUUAUUCUAACCAUAACUAGUGGCAGAGAAUGGACUGCCAUCACCUUGUAUGCGGUCUCCUUCUUCCCGGUACAUGUUUUCAUAUUCUCGUAUUUUGAGUUUCAGAAGAUACAACUUUUGUCUCCCCUUCGGAAAUCCAAACAUAUAAUAUGA